UAACUGCCUCCCCGGCGAAUAUGACCUUCCCUGCUUUGUGGAGAAAAUCUUCGUGCAGAAAUGUUGUAUUCGCAUGGAAUGCUUUAAUAUUGGCGGAAUUUGUCGAUCUGAAGCAAAGCAGUAUGAGAUGGCUAUAACAUCAACGUACUGUGCACAGACAGGAUUCCAAUGCUAUGUCACCACUAAUAGCUGUGAAAGCCACACUGACUGUUGGGGGCGCUGCGUUCACGAAGCAGACAAGUGUUUACCAGACGAGACGGAGUGCGUUGACGAACCCUGUACCUGUAAAUUUGGAGAUAAGUGUUGCUUGAAGGAAUGCAAUCCAAGUGGAAUUGACGAAUGCGCCUUGAGAUUUCCAGGUCGUGCAUUAUGUCGACCACACGGAUGUAAAGUGGGCGUCGAGACGCCGGUGACGGUAGUCCCCGGUCUAUGCGGUCCUGAUUGCCACUGCUGCAAAAGAAGCGGCUCGUGCAGUGACUGUGGUGGAGAAUGUAGAACGGCCUGCUGGCCUGGUGAAAUAUCCCAGAAACAUUGUGACUGCACAGCUGCUGGUCACCAUUGCUGUGUCGCCCAGACUAGAAAUGGAGUUGGAGGGGGUGGAAUUCAUGGUUCACCCAACUACACGUCCUUUGACGGGUCAAAGUUCGAAUAUCACGGAACCUGCUCAUACGUGUUAUUCCGAGAGUGUACAACAGAUCCCCAAUUUGUUGUUAUAACUGAUCAUAUGAACGGCCAAGACACAGAGGACCACUAUCGUUCGUAUGUCGUCAAUGUCCGAAUCAUACUGGCCUCGACUAGAAUUGACAUCACCUCGAAUGACGUCAAGGUAAACGACAUGUCUGUUACUGGCAUCCUUCCAAUGACCACCGAUGAGGGAGUACAUAUCAAUAUUGGUUAUGAGUAUAAACUUGUUCAUGUUGACUUUCCGGAGGUUUUCUCUCUGUCAUGGAAUGGCAGGGACAACAUUAUCGCAACUAUUGAUGAGGACUUUCACGGCUAUGUAUGUGGACUCCUUGGUGAUGCUGAUGGUGAUCCACGUAACGAUAUGAUGAUGAUACUACCAGAUGGACUGUUCGAGCUCACUAAUGAUGACAAUGAGUUUGGUAACAACUGGGAGGUUCCUGGCAGUUGUAAUAUUCGCCGCGCUCCUUGAGGACCUGGGAAUAUCAACCUGGACGUGCAGUGGUUUCUUCAACAAUUAGCAAUAACUAUCACACAUAUGCAUUCAACGUAUGGACCAGAUCGACGCCAUUGAUUACUGAAGUGUUUUAUUUGUCUAGAAUGCUAACACUUGCCGCACACUACAUUCUUUUCUAUACAUGUACAACAUAUAUUUCAUCACGCGUAAAUUUAAAGUUUAUUUUCUGGAUCAGAACUAGAUGGGUUGGUUUUCUUAAUUCUGAGUUUGAAUAAAUGGCUGUAGCAUUUUUACAUUUCGAUCAAUAAUCUAGAAUCACAUAAAAUCUUCUCACAUAAAAGGAAGGUUAAAAUGACAGUUUAGUG